AAAAGCCCGGUCUUCGCAUCACGCUCCCGCACACAGACCGACCAGCCGCAGCCCGUAGCGCACCUGCCUGCGCCCGCCGCCUCCGUCAUCCACUCAACCUCGCCCCUCGGCCACUGCCGCCCGGCGCCCGCCCGCCUGCCGCACCGGCCGAAUCAUCCGACGGCCCUUAAGCUGAGGCGGUGUGGCCUAAGUUGCAGCGCGGCGGUCGCCCCGAGUCGUCCACUUCGGCCCCGACAGGCUGUCCACGGUGGCGCGAACUGCCCCUCGCCGGUUCGGCCCCGCCCGCCCGUAGCAGCUCACCAGAGAACUAGCCUCUCGUCGGCCUUCCCCAGGUCUGCGCGUGGCGCGGCGCCGCAGCAAAGCUCCACGCGUGCGUGUCCGCCACCCGCCGUCCCGCCCGGGCCGCCGUCGUUGCUCGUCGGUGAACGACGUCUCGCUGGCUUCAGGGUAUCAGCGCGUUCUUCGAGCGGCAGGAACGACAAACGGGAGAAGGAAGAGAACUCGUGGGGAAGGCGAAGCGGGACGAUGCAGCCCAAGAUCAGCGCGUUCUUCGAGCGGCAGGAGACGGACCCAGAUCCGAUUAGUGGCGACGGUGAGGGGAACGGGCAGGGAAACGUCGGCGCGGCGACGGAGGCGAAGCGGAAGGCCAAUGGCUGCAGGCUCGAUGGGCUCGUCAGCAAGAAGAGGAACUACGCGCAGCUCCAUCUGGAGCUAGGGCAGCCUGAUUUCGUCCUCCACACGUGCUCCGUGUGCGGCAUGAUGUACGCCCGAGGGAACGACGAAGACGAAAAGGUUCACAGGGCGUACCACAAGAGCUACUCCGAGGGAGUCCCUUUCAAGGGUUGGAAAAAAGAGACAGUGAUAGCGAGGUCCGAGGGCGGUGAUCGGGUUGUUCUUGCAACUGACGAGAACUCUUGUAUGUCGAAAAGUAAGUGGUAUGGUCUAUGCAAGUUAUGUGAUGUCAAACAAAUAUGGCAGGUCAGAGAGGUGAUCACAGUGGUGGAGAAGGAGCUGGGAUUUGGUGAAGGGAAACUCCUGCAUAAGCUUUGCAAGGUGUAUCUAUACAUAUCUGCACAAAGGAUCGUGGGGUGCCUUGUCACUGAACCGAUAAAAACAGGACAUAGAGUUAUCCCAAGCUCCACGGAAGGAAGCCCUAAUGAUUUGCCAGUUAGUAGUACUGAGCGAGGAAAAAAUGGUCAUACAUUAGAGUUCGGCAGUAUUAGUUUCAAGAGGGAAAUCAUAAGGCGGCACAGUCGUUCGGUCAAGAACAAAGAAGAGUGCCAGGACCCUGGUGCCAUACUUUGCGAAACGGAAGCUGUUCCUGCGCUUUGUGGAUUUCGAGCCAUCUGGGUGGCACCAUGGUGCAGAAGAAAACGAAUUGCCUCAAAACUAAUGGACGUUGCAAGGAAAACCUUCUGCGAAGGCAGGACUUUGGGGAUUUCACAGUUUGCUUUCUCUCCCCCGACCUCCUCUGGCAAGGGGCUAGCAUGCCGUUACUGCAAGACCAGUGCAUUCUUAGUCUACAAAGACGGACCGGUGUAACACUUGUACUCUAAGAAAGCCCUCUCUGAAACUUUUCUUCCUCUUGUAAAAUACGCUUAUCUUGUUGGAGCAUUUGACAAAAAAAAUGUAAACAAUUAGAUCAAUAAGUAUUCAGGUAGACCAGAAAUUAGCGAUGCUUUGUAACAAUGUAGCUUUCUCUUUUGAGUGGUGACAAUAGCUUUCUUGUGAUCUUCAUAAAUAACUUUUCAUGGUCUCACAUGCUCCGUUGCAGCAAUGCUGCUGCAGCUGCACCAAGCAUGGAACUAGGAGAGUGCAUCUACAAGAUGGAUGUUUUGAGCAAGAAAAUGACAGACUGCAGCAGCAGAGUGACAAUACAUCAAUGAAUGAAUCAUGUAUCACUGAUGGCUGAUACGUGCUGUUUCUGAGGAUAAGAAAAGGAAUUCUUAGAAUUUUUAUUACAAGGACCUAGCAGUCUUGUAGAAUACAGGAAUACACUCAGGAAUCAUUCUAGCUCAGGAAUUGUUCUAGCUGAUUAAAACUUGUAUAAAUCAGAUAAGCAAUUCGGUCA